AUGGAAGCUAUCCUUCGUCGAUAUGAUGACAUGAAAUCUGUCCUUGCACUUCCGUCUGGCGCACAAAAGCAGGCUCUUGAGUCCGAAGAGAAGCAUGCGUCACCAAAGGCCAAGUCAAGUCCCGAUCAUGAACUCGGUAGCUCUCCAGAAAGAAGCAGACCGCGGACGAGAAGAGGAGACGCGCCACACCCAGGUCAGACCCUCACUGCAGGACAGGAAGUUUCUUCUGAUAGCUCCCGAGCCGAUUCGAGACAUAAGACCACUGCUUCUCCACAAGAGCAACGAGCGAUUUCAAAUUCGAAAAGAGAAUCGCCUCACCCAAUCAGUGCGGCUCCGGGCAUCCCAGCAAGCCGGAUGCACUCUCCGCACAUGGACCAAGCAAAAGCAGCCGUUGCUGACAGAACUCCCUCUCCGGCCUCUCGUACUGCGCUUGCGAGAUUGAGAGAAACCGUCCCUCCUAGGAGCUCGAUGGGUGUCCGGCGAAGGGCCGGUUAG